AAUAUAUAUAUUUUUUAAUAUAUAUCAGCAUUUUUUUAUUCAUUUACUAAUUUUAUUGUUUUUUCAACCUAAAUUUAAAACUUGUCAAAAGUCAUAAUACAACAUAUAUGUAAUAUGAAUUAUAUUUAUAUACCAAAAAUAAAAAAUUCAAGGUUUUAAAAUAUAUUAUUAAAAAAUUAACAAUAAUUAUUUACAACAAUACGUAAUAAUAAUAAGUGAAUUAUAAAUUUUUGUAUUUUAAAAAUUUAUUAUUAUCAAAAACCAUAAAGACAAAAGCUUGAAUAUUUCUAUUGUUGUUUUUAUCUAAACAAAUAAAUUUCAAUUGUUAAUAAAAUGAUGAUUAUUAUUAGAUAAUCUUGUCAAGUAUUUUAUGUUGUUUAUAUUGUGUAAUUAUUAUUUCAACAAUUAUUUCAUGGAAAAUGAAAAGUAAAAUGCCACCAUUUAAAAGAAAAAAAUUAGGUAAAUCAUUUCCUGUCAAAGUAUGCACCCUUGAUGCUGAAUUGGAAUUUAAUCUUGAGUUGCGUGCAACUGGACGUGAUUUAUUUGAUCUUGUUUGUCGAACAAUUGGUCUAAGAGAAACUUGGUACUUUGGACUUCAAUAUGAAGAUGCAAAAGGUUUUAUAUCAUGGUUAAAAUUAGAUAAAAAAGUACAAGAUCAAGGAAUAUCACAACAGCCAACAACGCCAUUUAUGUUUUUGGCAAAAUUUUAUCCUGAAGAUGUUGCUGAAGAACUUGUACAAGAAGUAACACAACAUUUAUUUUUUCUUCAAGUUAAACAAGCAAUAUUAUCAAUGGAUAUUUAUUGUCCACCAGAAGCAUCAGUUUUACUUGCAUCAUAUGCUGUACAAGCAAAAUAUGGUGAUUAUGAUGAAACGUCAUAUAGACCUGAUAUGCUUGUCAGUGAAGAUUUAUUACCACAAAGAGUUAUUGAUCAGUAUCAAAUGACACCUGAAAUGUGGGAAGAUCGUAUUAAAAUAUGGUAUGCUGAUCAUCGUGGAAUGUCACGUGAUGAAGCUGAAAUGGAGUAUCUUAAAAUUGUCCAAGAUCUUGAUAUGUAUGGAGUUAAUUAUUUUCCAAUAAGUAAUAAAAAAGAAACUAAUCUGUGGCUUGGAGUAACAGCACUUGGAUUAAAUAUAUAUGAAAAAGAAAAUAAAUUGGCACCAAAAACAACAUUUACAUGGUCUGAAAUACGUCAUAUUAGUUUUGAUGAUAAAAAAUUUAUCAUUAAACCAGUUGAUAAAUCAUCACCAAAUUUUGUAUUUUUUUCACAAAAAGUUAGGAUGAAUAAACUGAUAUUAGAUUUGUGCAUUGGUAAUCAUGAUCUGUUUAUGCGACGUCGUAAACCAGAUUCAAUGGAAGUCCAACAAAUGAAAGCACAAGCAAAAGAGGAAAAAUCAAGACGGCAAAUUGAAAGAACCAAAUUAGCGAAAGAAAAAGAAUUACGUGAAUCAGCUGAAAAAGAAAAAGCUGCAAUGGAACAUCGACUAAUGCAGUAUCAAGAAGAAAUUCGUUUAGCAAAUGAAGCUCUGCAAAGAUCUGAAGAAACAGCUGAUUUACUUGCUGAAAAAAGUAGAGUUGCUGAAGAAGAAGCAAUGUUGUUAAGUCAAAAAGCAUCAGAAGCUGAACAAGAAAUAACAAGAAUACGUUUAAAUAAUAUGAAAACAGAAGAAGAAAAAGUACACUUAGAACGUAAAACAAGAGAAGCUGAAUUAUUAACUGAAAGAUUAGUUCAAGAAUCAGAAAGACGUGCUGCUGAAGCUGAAAAAUUAAAAGAUGAAUUAUUACGUGCACGUAUUGCUGAAAAAGAAGCUAAAGAAAAAUUACUUGAAUUUUUAAGUAGAAAUGCAUAUAAUACAACAAUAACAACAACAACAGUACCAAAUUUAUUUCCAUCAACACAAAUAUUACCAUCUGACCUACAAGCUGAUUUUCAAACAUUACAACUUGACAAUGAUCAAUUGACAAAUGAUUUAAAUGAAUAUGAUCUUAUAAAUGAUGGUGAUGUUGAUCAAUUAUCAAUUGAAAUUGAAAAAGAACGAGUUGAUUAUUGGGAAAAGAGUAAAAAUUUACAAGAACAAUUACGUGAUUUAAGAAGUGAAAUACAAGUUUUAAAAGUUGGUGAAAAACAAUCGGAACUUGAUCAAUUGCAUGAGGAACAGGUUCGUCUUGGUGAAAAUAAAUAUAGUACAUUAAAAAAAGUCAAGUCAGGAUCGACUAAAGCAAGAGUUGCUUUUUUUGAAGAACUUUAAGAUUUUUCAUUCAUCAAGAAAAUAAUUAAACAAUAAUCCAGUAUAAAUUUCUAUUUUGUAAAAAUAAAAUUGGAUAAAUUAACAAGCUCAACUAAAAAACAAAAAAAUCAACGUAUCGAAUACUUGAAUCAAAAGUUAGUUAUUUUAAUAACCAUUUGUCGUUAAUUUAAUUUCAAUAUGUAUGUUUUUUUUUUAGUCCUAUUUGACGUUUGGUAAAUUAAUUAUUAUCUAGAGAAAAAAAAAUACAAUGGAAUGAAAUCAAGUGCCUUGUGAGUGCUCUUAACAUAGUUAUAUAUAUUUUUCUGCACAAUUUACAAAAUUACAAAUAUAUGAUAAACUUUAUAAACAAUUUUUAAAAAAUAAAUAAAUAAAACGUAUUAUUUUGA